AAAAUGCAAAAGUUUAUGUUCUAUUUGUAAAGUUUCAUACUUAAUGACCCAAUAUGUAAAAUGGUAGUAGAUGCAAAAGUCGCAUUGCAAGAAUGCAACGCCGAGUCAUUUCCACUUCUACGGAGCAUUUAGGAAUACUUAAUUUCAUUAUCAAUCUUUAGAGUUUUGUACAUUUGAUAAUGAUAAGCAUUUCUAAAUGUUCCGUAGAAGUGAAGACGACUCGGUAUUGUAUUCUUGCAAUGUGACUUUUGCAUACAUAACCUACUUGUAAGGGAAAACGUACAAGGUAGACGAAAUACGGCCCUGAGAUGUUUGCGCGCAUAUCGGCGAGUCUAGCGGAUCAAAACUAUGUAUAAGAAAGUUCGAGAGAAUUCGAUAGGGCGAGCGAAUGCGAAAAUAAGAGCGUGUAGAGUUAGUCGUACCUUAGCCUUCGGACGAUGUACAAGUAUUAGAGAUAUAGCUGCGUUAGUAGAUAAAAUUGGUGCGAGUUAUAACUAUUUAUAAUAAUAAAGUCAUUUCUUAAAUUAUAUAAUAAGUUACUGCACGACGAAUUUACCACCUGCUCCGAAGAAAUCUGUGUUUCUCUCCUUACAACUUUCAACUUACAAUUCAGAAGUGGGAUGGUCUCAACCCCUUCAAAGAGGAUCAAUCUCUCAGGAAGAAGAGGACAGAACUCAACUCACGGCUCCUGCUUUAUGGCCUAAAACUCCUUAGCACUGCUGGAGCAACGGUCUGUUGGAGUGCAUGGGGGUCUCGUUGAGAUAGCGUCCGUUCGAGACAGAUACUUCAGUUGGACCCGCGCAGGACAGCGUGAGGUGGACUGAUCAGUAUUCGCAAGUAAUUGUACGUUAAGUAAAAGUACGUUUUAACCUAAGUAUCAGCUUCGAAUCAGAAAAAUGGAUCGAGCAGCUAUAGAUAAAAUGAAUUUCAAACAACUAAAAGAUGCGGCAGCCAACCUCGAUCUCAGCGUCUCGGGUAGCCGCGUGGAUUACAUUGAUGCUCUUGUAACAUAUUACGAGCGUCGUGAUUUUGCGACGGGAGCCGGACCGUCACGGCAAGAGGAAUCGCCGAGACAAGACGCCCAGCCGCCGACGGCAAGUGAUAGUUCGCAGCAGAUGAUGACAACGUUAACACAAUUUAUGACGUCUAUGGCGAAUCAAAUGCAACAACAGCAGCUUAUGCAACAAAUGCUCAGCGUGAUGGCUACAAGAAAUGAUGGUACGACUUCGGUGCAUAGUGGCCCUAGCAAUUCAUCAAUUCCGGAACCAAAUCAAGAAGUUCCUCGUCAAUCGUCAAUCGGAUCGUCAUCGGCGGCUCACGCAGUUAAUCUGUUGGCACCACAGAUUCCUGAAUUCGGAGGCACCGAUACGGAAAAUGUUCGGUUAUGGGUUCAAAGGAUAGACCGAGUCUCAGCAAUCCAUAGGGCUCCGGACCACGUUACUCUCCUUGCAGCUUCAAGCAGAUUGGUAAAGCAAGCGAGAAAGUGGUUUGACCUCGGCUCCGGACCCAUGUUAGAAUCGUGGAUGGGCUUCCGUGAAGCCAUCAUUAAGCGAUUUGAGAGAAGAGUUUUGUUCCAGGUUGCCUUGCAAAAAAUUGAAGCCCGGAAGUGGAACCCGUCCAGAGAAUCAUUCCAGGAGUAUGCAAUGGAUCGACUAACACUCAUGCACAGUCUUGAUCUUUCGGCAAAGGAUUCCAUCCAUUUACUGACAGGAGGAAUUGGAAAUCAAGCGUUGAGAGCCACGGCAGCAGCACUUCGCGUCGAAACGAUAGAUGAAUUUCUGGAUGGGAUGCAUAAUAUAACAGCGGUGACAACGGAAAAUUUCAAAGGACAAUUCAGCAACCAGAGAACCUUGAACACGGAGGAGCAGCGGAGUAAUGGUGGCGGAAAGGUGGGCCAUCUCGCUAAGCAUUGCCGGACCGCUGGAACCUUCUGUGUCUACUGUAGGAGUCAGGGUCAUCUUAGGAACGACUGUCCAAAAUUAAAGAGGAAAGAGCAGCAGGGGUGCACAUCCCAGCCGACGGCGGCCGGCGCAGUAUCUACGGUACAGGCAGCUCAGGAUCCGUCCAACACCAUAGCCCUGGUCCGCGAGUCUGGUGAGAUAAUCAAAAUAAAUGGUUCGCCUUUGAAGAUUGUUAAAUUUAACGGUUCAGAUUGUAACUUGUUUGCGCUUCUCGACACUGGCAGUCCUGUUUCUUUUGUUCGAUCUGAUAUAUACAAUAUGUUUUUCACGCGAUCAGCCGAGUCGUUAAACCCGCCAAAUAUUAUGUACAGAGCCGUGAAUAAUACACCGAUCCAAAUAUAUGGUUCAAAAGAAAUCUCAAUCUCCUUGGAGCAAAUACCUGCCGUCGAAUUCAAAGUAGAUCUUCACGUAUUACAGGAUACUAGUCUAGCGACGGAAAUAAUAUUAGGUCGUGACUUCUUAGAUAAACAUAAUAUCUCUGCGACUUACAGGCCUAACGGCUUUGAAGACGAAAAUGAUAAUAUUCAAUUAUUUCCAGACUCACUCUUAAGACUAUUAGCUUAUAGCGAAACAGAUAAUUCAUCGUCAGUUGAAAAUCAAAUUAAAGAUAUUUCCAUUGAUUUUGAUAAGCAAGUAAAACAACAAUUAAGGGAUUUGCUCAUGGAAAUUGAAAAAUCGUCCGUGCCGAGGGUGGACGACGAUUAUUGCGUUACUGUUCAUCUUAAAGAUGAAUCACCGUAUCGAUAUGCCCCGCGGAAAUUUGCACUAGCGGAACAAAUAGAAAUCCGAAAAAUUACUGACGAUUUACUCGCACGCGGUAUAAUAAAAGAAAGUAUUUCACCUUUUUGUGCUCGUGUGGUCCCCAUAAAAAAGAAAAAUGGUUCAACUCGUUUGUGUGUCGAUCUACGACCAUUAAAUAAUAAGACCUUAGGGACGGCUUCCACCCUAUUAAGAUACACCCAGACCAUACAAAAUAUUUUGCAUUUGCCACACCCGAUGGGCAAUUCGAUUCAGCGAUUCCUUGGUCUAACUGGCUACUUUCGCAAAUUCAUAAAGGAUUAUUCACGGAGGACAAAACCGUUGCAUAAUUUAUUAAAGAAAUCAGUCGCAUUUGAUUUUAAUGAUGCGUGCGUGAAGGCAUUCGAGGGCCUUAAAGACGAAUUAUGCUCGCGUCCGGUUCUGAGUAUAUAUAACCCAACUGCCGAAACUCAGCUGCAUACGGAUGCUUGUUCACAAGGUCUCGGAGCAAUAUUGUUUCAAAAGGCCAGUAACGGGAAUCAGCUACCUGUCGCUUACUUUAGUCAAAUGACCAACGACGCAGAAACACGAUAUCACAGUUUCGAGCUCGAGAUGCUGGCCAUCGUGAAAGCAAUUGAAAGAUUUCAUAUAUAUUUAUACGGCAUCGAAUUUACGAUAGUAACGGAUUACAACGCUUUGGUGUAUGCUGUGAAUAAGGCCAAUUUAAAUCCAAGGAUCGCCCAAUGGACUCUUAGCUUUCAAAACUACCGGUUUAAAUUAAUUCACCGAUCAGGGAAGCAGAUGCCGCAUGUGGAUGCUCUUAGCCGGCAGAUCGCGUAUAUUGACUCGUUACCGCUCGAAAGAGAAUUAGAAUACAAACAAUUUGAUAAAUUUCAAUUAAUUGAAGGCUUGGUAUAUAAGAAGGAUGGUGAUCGUUCGCGUUUUGUAAUUCCUGAAUCCAUGCUCAAUUCGGUACUCAAAACAUAUCACGAUGAUAUGGCCCAUUGCGGUGUGGAAAAGACGUCUCAGGGCAUAAACGAAAAUUAUUGGUUUCCGUCCAUGCGGAAAAAGGUUCGCGAUUAUGUAGACAAUUGUAUUACAUGUUUAAUUUCGAAUACAGCAAUCAACACGCGCGAAGGCGAGAUGCAAAUAAUUUCUCCGUCAACAGUUCCCUGCGACACACUAGACACGCAGAGUAGACCCGGCGAGAACCGAAAAUUAAAACCUAAUUAUAAGGGUCCAUAUGUAAUUGCGAAGGCGUUGGAUAAAAAUCGUUACGUCGUUAAGGACAUCCCCGGUUUUAAUGUAACAGCUAAGCCGUACAACUCAAUUUUGUCACCUGAUAGAAUCAAACCGUGGAUUAGACCUGUAAGUCCACCUUAG